AAGAGGGGGUUCCCAGUGGCUUACAAACCCGGUACGCGUAAAUAAACUGGACUUGAAAUUAGAGCUCCAGAGCCCGUGUUACAUUCUGACGCCCUGCCUGGUCCUUUGGCCUCCUUCCACCUGAGGCGGGAGGGGUUCCUGGCGUCACAGUUGGAGAUCAACGCUGCAGACAGAGACCGCUUAGUGCGUGAAGGCCCAUGGAGGCCUCGGCCGAUUCCUCUGAGGCCCCCGCGGUCUGCCGCUUCUUCCUAGAGGGCCGCUGUCGCUUCGGUGCGCGCUGCCGUCAGCCACAUCCCGGGGCCCCGGCGCCGUCCCCGGUGGUUACGCAACCGGAGGCUGGGUCCAAGAAGCCGGCUCUGCGUACUGCUGCUGACGUCAUCCGACGCAUCCGCUGGGACCCGCGCCUGGACCCUGCUGACUUUUCGGUGGGCUACACCGACCGCUUCCUGGGAGUGCAGGAAGAGCCAUUCUGCGCCUUCUGCUGGGACGAGCCGCUGGCAGCGCUCGGACCUGGCGUGUUGGCAGUGCCGCAGCACCGCAUACGCUACUUCCGCUUCCGCGGCCGCCUGGUAUGGGACCGUGCCUCCCGUACUGACCUCAUUUUUGGAUCGGGCUCUGUGGCUGGUCGGGGACCCACUAUCCUUGAUGCGCUGGACGGCGGGGACGAGCAUUGGACAGAGGUCACGGCAGAAAUUCCCGACACAGAGAAAACAGGGGUGGGUUUAGAGGGUCUGGAUACCCAGGAUGCCCUUGCAGAGGCGGGUGGAAACCCGACCGGAACAGGUCUUGAUUCGGGCCUGGAGACACACGAAGAGGGUGGGGCAAUCAAAGAGACCAGAACUGGGCUUGAUUCCAGCCUGGAGACACCUGAAGUGGAUGGGCCAACCAAAGAGACCGGGCUGAAUGGGACCACUGAGUUAGAAAUGCCAGACCCAAGCAUGAACUUCUCAGGAGUGAAGAUCAGCUCAGUAGAGGAGCCCAGAGCUACAUUGCUUCCACAGUGGCAGGCGCAGGGCAUGGAAACGAAAGGGCUUUCUGCUGAAGAGAUGGGAAAUGUGUGGGAUCCAGGUGUUUGGCCUGACGACAGAAGGGCCCCUCGCCAGCCCCGGCCCACACAUUUUGUGGCACUGAUGGUGACAGAGUCUGGGCUUAGGGCUGAGGUGGUCAAGGCCCAAGAGCAUCUGGUCCGGAUUGCCCCUUCUUGUGCUGAGUUCCUGGUACCAGCACAGGCCCUGCACUUGACAGUGGUCUUGCUAAGGCUGACAGGCCCUGGGGAGGAGGCUGCAGCAGCUAGAGCUCUUCGGAGAGCCAUCUUGAAACCAGGGCUUCAGGCACCCUCCCAGCUACAGUUCAGGGACUUGGUUCUUCUGGGCCAUCAUGUGCUCUGUGCCACACCCUCCCCCACACUGACAGGUAUGGCCCAAACACUGAAUCAGAGGCUAGAGGCCGAAGGGCUUAGAGUGGUGCUGCUGCCAGAACUACAACCGCACCUCACCCUGGCUAAGGUACCACAUGGAACCCAGGUCUGCCUCCCUAAGCCUGAGUACACCCUGAACCAGGAGCUAGGAAGGCAGCCCCUAAGUAAACUCUGGCUUUGCCGCAUGGGUAGAGCAGGGCAUAGCUAUCUUCCCUUGGUAGAAAUUUCCCUGAAAUGACCGAGGUUUCAUAUUUCGGAUAAAACAGGCCAAGC